AGCUCCGAGCUCGGCCCCUCCUCCCUCCCUCCGCCCGCCCCACCAGCCGGAGCCCGGCCCAGUGCUCCAGAGAAAGGCCGGCCUGCAGCACCCGCCACCGUCGCCGACCGCCCGCACGCCCGUCCGGAGCUGUGACUGAUGAGAAUUAAAGGCCAUGGAUGAAGAUGGACUUGAAUUACAACCACAAGGGCCAAACUCAUUUUUUGAUGCAACAGGAGCUGAUGCUACACAUAUGGAUGGUGAUCAAAUUGUUGUGGAAGUACAAGAAACUGUUUUUGUUUCAGAUGUUGUGGAUUCCGACAUAACUGUGCAUAACUUUGUUCCUGAUGACCCCGACUCGGUUGUCAUCCAAGAUGUUAUUGAGGACGUUGUUAUAGAAGAUGUCCAGUGCCCAGACAUCAUGGAAGAGGCAGAUGUAUCUGAAACUGUCAUCAUUCCGGAGCAAGUGCUAGACUCAGAUGUAACCGAAGAAGUCUCUUUAGCACACUGCACAGUCCCAGAUGAUGUUUUAGCUUCUGACAUAACUUCAGCCUCAAUGUCUGUGCCAGAACACGUCUUGACAAGUGAAUCUAUACAUGUGCCUGACGUUGGACAUGUUGAACACGUGGUUCAUGAUAAUGUAGUAGAAGCAGAAAUCGUCACUGAUCCUCUGACAACCGACGUAGUUUCAGAAGAAGUAUUGGUAGCAGACUGUGCCUCUGAAGCAGUCAUAGAUGCCAAUGGGAUCCCUGUGGACCAGCAAGAUGAUGACAAAAGCAACUGUGAGGACUACCUUAUGAUCUCCUUGGAUGAUGCUGGCAAAAUAGAACACGAUGGUUCCUCUGGAAUGACCAUGGAUGCAGAGUCAGAAAUUGAUCCUUGUAAAGUGGAUGGCACUUGUCCUGAAGUCAUCAAGGUCUACAUUUUUAAAGCUGACCCUGGGGAGGAUGACUUAGGUGGAACAGUAGACAUUGUGGAGAGUGAGCCUGAGAAUGAUCACGGAGUUGAACUACUUGAUCAGAACAGCAGUAUUCGUGUCCCAAGGGAAAAGAUGGUUUAUAUGACUGUAAAUGACUCUCAACAAGAAGAUGAAGAUUUAAAUGUUGCCGAAAUCGCUGACGAAGUUUAUAUGGAAGUGAUCGUAGGAGAGGAGGAUGCUGCCGCCGCCGCCGCAGCAGCUGCUGCACACGAACAGCAAAUGGACGACAGUGAGAUCAAAACCUUCAUGCCAAUAGCGUGGGCAGCCGCGUAUGGUAAUAAUUCUGAUGGAAUUGAAAACCGGAAUGGCACUGCAAGUGCCCUCUUGCACAUAGAUGAGUCUGCUGGGCUCGGCAGACUGGCUAAACAAAAACCAAAGAAAAGGAGAAGACCUGAUUCCAGGCAGUACCAAACAGCAAUAAUUAUUGGCCCUGAUGGACAUCCCUUGACUGUCUAUCCUUGCAUGAUUUGUGGGAAGAAGUUUAAGUCGAGAGGCUUCUUGAAAAGGCACAUGAAAAACCACCCUGAACAUCUUACCAAGAAGAAAUACCGCUGUACUGACUGUGAUUACACUACCAACAAGAAGAUAAGUUUACACAACCACCUAGAGAGCCACAAGCUGACCAGCAAGGCUGAGAAGGCCAUUGAAUGCGAUGAGUGUGGGAAGCAUUUCUCUCACACUGGGGCUUUGUUUACUCACAAAAUGGUGCAUAAGGAAAAGGGAGCCAACAAAAUGCACAAGUGUAAAUUCUGUGAAUACGAGACAGCUGAGCAGGGGCUAUUGAAUCGCCACCUUUUGGCAGUCCAUAGCAAGAACUUUCCUCAUAUUUGUGUGGAGUGCGGUAAAGGUUUUCGUCACCCUUCAGAGCUGAAAAAGCACAUGCGAAUCCACACCGGGGAGAAACCCUACCAAUGCCAGUACUGCGAAUAUAGGUCUGCAGACUCUUCUAACUUGAAAACUCAUGUAAAAACUAAGCAUAGUAAAGAGAUGCCAUUCAAGUGUGACAUUUGUCUUCUGACUUUCUCGGAUACCAAAGAGGUGCAGCAACAUGCUAUUAUCCACCAAGAAAGCAAAACACACCAGUGUUUGCAUUGCGACCACAAGAGUUCGAACUCAAGCGAUUUGAAACGACACAUAAUUUCAGUUCACACGAAGGACUACCCCCACAAGUGUGACAUGUGUGAUAAGGGCUUUCACAGGCCUUCAGAACUCAAGAAACAUGUGGCUGCCCACAAGGGUAAAAAAAUGCACCAGUGUAGACAUUGUGACUUUAAGAUUGCAGACCCAUUUGUUCUAAGUCGCCACAUUCUUUCAGUCCACACAAAGGAUCUUCCAUUUAGGUGUAAGAGAUGUAGAAAGGGAUUUAGGCAACAGAAUGAGCUUAAGAAGCAUAUGAAGACCCACAGUGGCAGGAAAGUGUAUCAGUGUGAGUACUGUGAGUAUAGCACUACGGAUGCCUCAGGCUUUAAACGGCACGUUAUUUCCAUUCAUACGAAAGACUAUCCUCACCGUUGUGAGUACUGCAAGAAAGGGUUCCGGAGACCUUCAGAAAAGAACCAGCACAUAAUGAGACAUCAUAAAGAAGUUGGCCUGCCCUAACCAUGCUUCUACAGACUUUUGUAAAGAUACUGGCCUUGAAGCUGAAAUUCAUUUUAAAGCCAAUCGGUCUCGUUCACAUACAAUACUGUAUAUUGAUUUAUGCUGUGUAUAAAUAGAAUUAUUGCUUCUAGUUGACCUUUUUUUUUUUUUACAGUUUGUUCAAUAGUGUGUUCUGAAUUCUAUUCAGUUUGUUUAAUAAAUGGGGAAAAACAGCAACAAGCAAGUUGCUUUUAAUAAAGUAAUCCCUGAUUCUAUACUGAAUUUUUCUAUCUUAGAAGUUUUAUAUUUAUUUAAAUAUUUACCUUGCUUACCUUGAUGGUACUCUUCUAAGACCAUUUAACUUAAGGUAACUUUAGAUUGGUAACUCUGCAAGUAUUUCAUGUUGACUCAUUUUUUCCACAAAUUUCUCACAAUAAAAUCGUCAGAGACAUCUACUAAUACAAACGGGAGAUUUUACGGUCGGGUCUAAUGAUCAUAACAUGGAAGUCAUUUACUUGUCUUGCGUAAUAUUUUCAGAUCACAUGACAAUGAAAGUUUCCAUUCAAGCUUUUGUGUCCCUAGCAUUACUGAGUGAAGAACUGGCUGGGUUCGUGUUUAAUUUUCAUUUUGUUUAGCAGACAAAAUAUACUUCCUUUGGCUUUCUUUGGAGUAUUCGCAUCUUUUGUCAGGAUAGCAAACGUUUAGAAAACCUUAUUGAUAAAUUUUGCUCGAUCCUGUUGUAUUUUUAUUAUUCUAUCUGUGCUGCUUUGUCUUGGAAUGGUUGUGUGCUACCAAUGAGACUUACUGAGGACUGAAUUUUGGAAUCUCCUAGAGGUAAUUCGUGGCUCAUAGGAUCUUUUGCAACUUUAUAUAUGUAAAUGUACCCUGAAUUAUAUAUAAAUACACAUAUAUAUAACAUGUAUCUGUGUGUAUUGCUUAUUUUACAUAUUUAUACACACAACCCCAAGUAGUAGUUGUUUAAAAUCUAUAAUGAAAAGUAUUAAAUUUACAAUAACGUGAAAGAUCCAGGGAUGCAUGAGAGAGCAUUGUGUACAUUAUGCUCUUCAGAGAGACUACUCAGGUGAAGACUUAGAAGGAAAGUAAGGACACUAGUAUUUUUAAAGAGUAAAGGUAUUUUCCUUUAAUUAUCUUUGGUAAUUGAAAAAUAGAAAUUGAUUCUAGAUAGAAUGUUUUCAUACAAUUUCAGCUUCAUGCCUUUAUAUUUUUCUGAAAAGCUAGUGAGUAUCCAGACACAACUCCCUUGGUGUUUCCGAGAAGCCCGGGAGAGAACUUUGUGUCUCACCAAGUGAGGGGACUGAGAGGAAGCAACAGCUCCAGGUAACAGAGAAUGGGUGCUAAUGAAGAUUUACUUGGCGCGUUCAGCCUGCAUUGUUAUUUCUUAGACAGUUAGCAAACUUUAAAAAACUUAACCCUCGAGUUGGCUUUGAUUAGAAGAUAAAGGUGUGUUUUAAGUGUAUAACAAAAAUCUGAGGCCUUAUUUGGAAUAUCACCAAGUCUUUCACAAUUUUUGUUUUUCACUGAGAGUUGACUUUUUUAAAACAGAUUGUCUGAAUCAGAGUCAUAAAUUUUUUUAACAGAUUGAAUUGGGGUUAUGGAUUUUUUUUUU